AUGUCAUUCCUCAAUGGUAAUAAUAAUGGAGUCGAUCGUGCAAGCUACGAAGGAUUUGAUCAUAUUAAAUUCUGGGUAGGGAAUGCUAAACAAGCAGCAUCAUACUAUUGUACAAGGCUUGGAUUCAAACAUAUUGGAUACCAAGGUUUAGAAACUGGUAAUAGAAAAUUCGUAAGUCAUGUGGUUCGUCAAGGCACUAUAACCUUUGUGUUUCAAUCACCAUUAAAUCCCAAUGAUCCCACAAUGAGUGAACAUUUAACAAAGCAUGGCGAUGGUGUCAAGGAUGUUUCAUUUACCGUCAGUGAUUGUAGAAGUUUAUGGGAAGAAGCCAUUAGACAUGGGGGAAAAUCAGUUCGUGAACCUUGGGAGGAAAGAGAUGAAAAUGGAGUUGUGAUUAUGGCAACAAUUUCUACUUAUGGUGAUACUGUUCACACUUUGGUUGAACGUAGAAAUUAUCAUGGCGAAUUUUUACCUAAUUAUGUUUCUAGUAAAUCUCAUGAUCCAUUAAAUGAUAAAUUAUCGCCUUGUAAACUAUUAUAUUUGGAUCACGUGGUUGGAAACCAGCCUGACGACGAGAUGGUUAGAGCAUGUGAAGUGUUUUGGUCGGUGGACGAUAAACAAAUCCACACCGAAUAUUCAGCACUUCGUUCAAUUGUAAUGGCAGAUCAGAAUGAAAAAAUCAAAAUGCCAAUAAACGAACCAGCACUUGGAAGAAGGAAAUCACAAAUACAAGAAUUUGUUGAUUAUUAUGCAGGAGUUCAACAUAUUGCAUUAAGAACUGAUGAUAUAAUCACUGCGGUUAGCAAUCUUCAAGCUCGUGGAUUAGAUUUUUUGACAAUUCCAAACACAUAUUACGAAGAUCUAAAAGAUCGAUUGAGGCACGCUAGUAUCAAAGUUAUCGAAGAUAUCAACAUAUUACAAAAAUUACAUAUUUUGGUUGAUUACGAUGAAAAUGGUUAUUUAUUACAGAUAUUUACAAAACCGAUGCAAGACCGACCGACACUUUUUAUCGAAAUAAUUCAACGUAAUAAUCAUCAAGGCUUUGGAGCUGGUAAUUUCAAGGCAUUAUUUGAAGCAAUAGAACGUGAUCAGGCUGAACGCG